ACUCAGAUGAUUGAUUUGCACCGUUCUUAUGAAUUUGUGCGGUUCUUCCUAAAAUGUUUUUGCUUCCAAGUUGAUGAAGAUGAUUACCCAUGGAAACACAACAAGAACAACCUUUUAGAAUGGUUACAUAAGUCUAUUACCAGAAAAUCAGAAUUGGCUCAAUGUAUUACUACUGCUAUGGUUGGUUCACGAACAUGGAUUGGAGGAAUCUUUAGCCGCCAAGGCCCCAAGCAUUCUACGAGUAAUAAAUACGUUGAUUUAAAGUGGACUCCUAUUCAGGAAGCAAGAUAUCAGAACCUUAGAGAUCGAGCAAACUUACCUUAUGAUGAGCUUCGUGUUGACCAUCAGAAAGCCCUUUUAGAAUUGUGGAAUUUAGCAUAUCCAAAUGUUACACUGCAAGGAUUAAUUUCCGAGCAAUGGAAGGAAAUGGGCUGGCAAGGAAUUAAUCCAUCGACUGACUUUAGGGGUGGUGGUUUUCUUUCACUUGAGAAUUUGAUCUUUUUUGCAAAAACAUUUCCGGGCGCCUUUCGUAGAUUACUAUUGAAACAACGUGGAAAAAGAGUGAUGUGGGAAUAUCCUUUUGCUAUUGCUGGCAUUAACAUAUCAUUUAUGUUGACUCAGAUGUUGGAGUUAUACCAAGUUAAGCCUAGAUGUACGCACUGUGUAAAUUUUGUCAAAAUAUUGGGAGAGGAUGAAGAAGCCUUUGAUGUUUUAUAUUGUAUAGCUUUCGUAUUGAUGGAUGCUCAGUGGCUCGCAACGCAUGCCUCAUUCAUGGAGUUCAAUGAAGUUUUACAAGUUACACGGGCACAACUGGAAAGAGAACUGGCACUUGAUGACAUCCAUCGAAUACGUGAUUUGCCAGCAUUCAACCUUCUGCACAGUUAGUUGUUUUGACUUGAAUUGUUGUAUAGUUUUAUUCGAUAUUCAUCUCCUUUGAAUCCCACUGGUGACCAUAUAUGGUCCAUAACCUCAACCAAGCCAGCACGACACCAGAACCCCUAUAGCUUUCUUCAAAAAAUGGUUAAGAUAUGAUAUGGUUGUGGGGAACUAGUUUUGUAAUAGAAACUUGAUGUUGGAGCUCAACCUAUUGUAUGCUGCUGUAUUAGUGCAUUUGCUCACAGAUUACAGAUUCUUACAUUUUAGAUUUUGUUCAUUCUUAUUUGUUAAAAAAGCGUGUGUAGUAUUUGUAUUUUA